AUGUAUGGAUACAAAUAUGGACGAACAUACCCUCAGUCCCCUUCCUCCAUAACAUACAACCCCACAAACUCCAAAUACAACGUCACCUUCGCCGGCACCACCAUCGAGACAACCGUCACCGACCGUGCCGCCACCGCCUCUGCGUGGGCCGACGAGAUCGUCUCUCUCCACGGCGGCGGCCCGGCCGUGGUCGGCCUCGACGUCGAGUGGCGGCCCCACCCGGUCCGCUCCCUGAGCAACAAGUCCGCCACCCUCCAGCUCUGCAUAGCCGACAAGUGCCUCAUCCUCCAGCUCUUCUACAUGGACGAGGUCCCGGCCUCGGUCGCGGGCCUCCUCAUGAACCCGAACUUCACCUUCGUGGGGAUCGAGGUCGGGGACGACGUGCAGAAGCUGAGGGACGAGUACGGGCUCGACUGCUGUAGCCACGCGGACGUGCGGGCGGCUGCUAAGGAGAGGUGGCCCGGGAGGUUCAGUAGGCCCGGGCUGAAGGACCUGGCGUACGAGGUGUGCGGGCUGGGGAUGAGGAAGCCGAAGCACGUGUGCCUGAGUAAUUGGGAGGCGAGGGAGCUUAGCCAGGCGCAGAUUGAGUAUGCGUGCAUUGAUGCUUUUGCUUCGUAUAAGAUUGGGCAUAAGCUGCUUAUUGAGGAGAAAAAAUAA